GAAGAAGAAGAUCCAGACCCAAAAGCAAUUAUAACGCUGUACCCUAGAAGGCUAGAAUCCCUCUUUUAUUCGUUGCUCCCGAAGUAUCUCUCCGCCUCUUUCGUCCCUCAGUGGCGCAGUUCGUCCCCCUUCGACCCGUCUGGUAAGGUCACUGAGGUUUAGGAGAACUCUGUAAGUGAUGCCGAAGAGGAAGGAUGUUGCAUCAUCAUCAUCAGGGAAGAGGAAGGAUCAGUUUAGAAUUGAACAUCAAGAAGCUUUACUGAGGUUGGUCGAUCAAGAAGAGUUGAAGGUUUGUGUUGAGGAGGCUGGACAGAGAACACCGGCACCACCGGAAGCAGCUAGAGGUGUUGCUUCCCCGAUGGAAGGCUCUCCAGCCUUGCUGCUAGCCCAGCUCAAGGCUAAUUUGGGCAAACAACUUGAUGGACACCGUGUUGACAGUUCCCCCCCUCUACCACAGCUUGGUGAUCGUCAGGGCUGCGUCGAGUUUUUAACGGGCACGAGAAAGGGAUAUAAAAAGAGGGUCGUUUCAAAAGAGACCGUGGAUCGGGCGAAAGAAUCGGCACGUAACCUUAAAAGGAAAGGUUAUGUGAAUUUAAAUGAAGAUGAAGCGGAACUUCUGAAGAGCAACAUCUAUUUCCUGGCAAAGCUUAAUGACUCCCCGCAUCCAUUCAGAGAGGAGGCGCUAAAGGUCUAUGAAGACAUGGUCCAUCAUAUCCGUUGCCUCCGUCAACAGCGGCAAACUAGAGAUCUAGUGGAAGAAGAGAGGCGGAUUAUUUCUGAUUUGGAAAUCAGAAUUGAAGCCCGGAACACAGAGAACAAACAAUUCGAUAGAGAAGUAGAGCUGAUCACUUCUGAGCUUGCAAAGGAACUUGAGGAGAAGUUGGAUCUGGAUAAGAAGUUGUUUGACAUGUGCCUUAAGAUGAUUGAACCUUCCACUGCUUUGUUUUACAUGUAUGGUAUAGGUGACCAACCUAAAGUCUGAAGUCUAACUUCAUUGAUGUUGUACAUCCUUUUGAGGACUAACACUCCCAACUUCUGUUGAUUUAUCAUUUGAACACAAAGACAUU